AAAGUAAUGUAACUUUGUCAAACUUAAGAAAUAAUGACCCAAGUAUCAUCAGGGGAAACUGAAGCAGUUACUAAGAAGCCUGAAACAACAAAUGAACAUGAAAAACCCAGAGAAAAGAAGGAACGUGUUCGUCCUCCAACGAAGGUUGUGAUACGGAGAUUACCCCCAUCGUUAACAAAAGAUGCAUUUGUAAAUCAAAUAUCGCCUCUUCCAGAAUAUGACUAUUUUUAUUUUGUACGCCCUGACAAGAGUCUGGGACCAUUUGCUUUUUCCAGAGCAUACAUUAAUUUCACCAAGCAGGAAGAUAUAUUUACGUUUAAAGAGCAGUUUGACAACUACACUUUCUUGGAUAAGAAAGGCAAUGAAUUUCCAGCUGUGGUGGAGUUUGCCCCAUUCCAGCGUUUACCCAAGAAGCGCCUGGGUCGAAAAAGAGAUCCCAAAAUGGGCACAUUGGAGGAAGACCCAGCAUAUAUCAGCUUCAUUGAGAGUAAAGCAACUAAACCUACUGAGACUGGGUCAACUCAGCAUUGUUCUCUUGAAUAUUUUCCUCCACCUGAGAAAAAGAAAAUUACUACUACACCACUUCUGGACUUCGUGCGGCAGCGCAGAGCAGAGAGGCAGCGUAUGCGUGACGAACGGAGAGAAGAACGGAGGAGGAAGGAACAAGAACGGAAGAGACUGAAGGACGCCGACAGAGACAGGCGCCGGGGAACUGUGAAGCCUGACACUGGCUCUUCUCGGGAAACGGCGUCCGAUUCUGUUCUCAGGGUGUUACGUAACCCUGAGCACGAGAAAGAGGUAAAGGAUGAUGGCGGCAGAGGGGGAGGAAGCAAGGAGGGCAGGGAUAAAGUACCACAGCCAGGGACCAAGAAGAGGGAAGAACAGCAACGUACCAACAGAAACAAGGACCAUGAAUGGAAAGAAAAACCAUUUCAGGAGACUAGGCAAAGGGAGAAUAAAGGACAGAGUAGUAUCAAGAGCUACCGUGACGACCGACAGAAGCAGAUGGAAAUAAGAGCACAGCGGAGACUACCUGAUGAUCAGCGUAGGAAAACGAGUUUUGAACGUGGACAAGGACAUGUGAAAAUGAUUGGGUCUCACCAGAGUCUUGAAUCAGAGAAAGGCCAAGGCUCUUCUAAGACAUCUGAUACCAGGCGAAGUCAAGAAUUUGACCACAGUUCCACCAAGUCAUCUGACACCCAUCGAAGUCAAGAAUUUGAACGUAACCAAGGAUCAUCUAGGACUAAUGACUUGCACAGACAUCAAGAAUAUGAUCGCCAGACACAUUCCAACAGAGAUAUGGAGCAUCGAAAGCAUUAUCAGUCUAGUGACCUAAGAAAAACGCCAAAUGAAAGGUUCCAAAGUCACGUCAAAGAUAGUGAAAAACCAAGUAAAGAUAGUGAACGACGAAAAAGCUACAGGGACUCAGAAUCCAAAAGAAUCCAAGGUUAUGCUAGAGAUGUUGACCAGAAGAAACAUUUCUAUAACGUGAAAACAUCUCGAAACUAUAAUGAAGCUGAUUCUAAGAAAACUUCUUCGGAUCACAGGAUUCAUUUUAAAGACAGUGAUCAGAAGGUCAUUAAGGAGCCACUGGAGGAAAAUGUGAAAGCACAGAAGCAGGAUGAGUCUAAGAAAUGGGAACAAAUGGGUGCGAAGCCAAAGAGGAAAAUUUCACCUGAUACAAUGAAUAAACCAGAGUCAAAAUCAGACAGAGCAAAGGAACAAACAUUGAAUACUGAGAAGCCAGUAAAUGAAGAUCCAGACAGGAUAAAUUCUUUAGACCCUGCAGAUCAGAAAGAUGACCCAGAAAAUAAAAUGGAAGAGAAACAAGAAACUCUGAAGAAAGGAACGGAAAGCGAUUCAGAGGAACAGACACAACAGAGGAGGUCCUUAGAAUCAGAAAAAAUGUUUACCACUGAAAACACGGGUAAGAACAAGCAGGAGUCCUUAACUCCAGAGUCGGCGGAAUCCGAAGACAAGGCGAGGGCUGAAGUUUCGGGCGAAUAUAAAGAAAAUACGAUACUUCGUACAGGCCACAAGUACGGAGCGAAGCCGUCCAGGAGGAGGGGUUCCCUCGAUUCCAGCGAUCAUGAAAGUGAGGUUCAGGGUAACAAAGGCAUGAGCAGAAGCGCAACAGGUAGUGACUGGAGCGUGGACUCAAAACUGAAACGUAAUCAUUCCCUUGAACUGGACAUGGAUGCAGGGCAGAGAGAUGACAUUUUGAAAGGUUCCGUCUUGUUAGAGAAAAGUUCAAAAGAGAGAAGAAAAGAUGAAGACAAAGAUGAUAAAGAUAGAUCCACAGAUGCCUCUGGAAAUGGGACUGACGGAGAACACAAGAGAGACCCGAGAGUGGAAAGGAGAAUUCGUAAUAAGGAUCGUCCAAGCAUAGAGAUAUAUCGUCCAGGCAUGGGUCGAUUUAGUCUUCAGCGGAAGGAACGCGAAAGGGGCCCUGGUUCUGCUCCAGGGACAGCAGGCAGCAGUAUGGAACAAGAGUCCCCAUCAGGCAGUCCCUCACCAACCCCAACAAACUCCGCUCGAAUUACCACUUCUACCAAAACUACCAAGGGUGGAAAUGAACUACGUUCUAUGACUUUCAAACGCAGUGUAAGCCGCGAAAAAUAAAAUCUGGUGUCAAAGAAGAAUCGGACCCUGUCAAAUCCAUUUCGUUAGCUACUCGGCCAUCAGAUGCAAGCAAAAUGUAAUUCAUCUUUGUGUUCUUUGGUUCCAAUAUGUUACUCUGUGUAUGAGGUACAGUCUUCUAAAUUUCUUUUGGAAGUAAUUCAUCCACAACAAUUAUAGAAUAUAGUCUUUUUGUUACAUGUUGAUUAUUAGGAUAUUUACAUCAUAUUGAUUUGAAAUGUUCAGUAUCCUGAUUCAUAUAGAACAGACAGCAAUAACAUGACCCUCUUUAUUGUAUAAACUGUACUCUUUGAUUCAUGGUGGUUUAACAUUUGGCCUGAAGAAACUGGGAAUCAUUGCUUAUAUCAUGUCAUGAAGUAAAUGGCAUUUAUUUGUGUAAUUUCAUUUCCAUAUGUCUUCAUAAUAUGCUGCCGUGAGACAUUUUCACCUUUACAUACGCAUUCGAAUGUUAUAGAAACAGAUUACGGACAAAAGAAAUCAUAAUCAUUCAUCAUUCAUGCUUUGAAACUGUGUAAUUGAUAUGAUAUUAAAAUUUGCUGUUAAUUCUGUAAUGUGUAACAUGAAUUAUGAUUGUGUCA